ACAUCAUGUUGUCUUUUGGGAACACACUAUGUUUUCCUCAUUAUCAAACUUCCAGGUGUCAUCUUUUGAUCAACCUCCACUUUUUACUAACCCUUCUAUUGAGCUAUUUCCUAGUGACUAUGAUGCAAAUACAUUUGAUGAGCUCCAUGAUGCCUUUCCACAUGCUCCACCUGGUUCUAUAGAAGAUGUUCUGCCUGCUGAUAAUGUAUUAGACAAUGCUGAGUCUUCUUCCCUUACCUCUUUUGUAUCACAUAUUAGAUCUAACCCUAUUAAUCUAGAGCCUGAAAAUGAGAUCCUUAAUCCACCUUCAAGUCAUCCUACUCGGUUGCUAAAUGGUUCUGCGGAAACUUUUGCACCUGUUGCUCGUCUUACUUCAGUUCGUAGUUUGAUUGCUAUUAUUGCUGCAAAAAGAUGGAAAUUGUUUCAAAUGGAUGUGAAAAAUGCCUUUCUAAAUGGUGAUCUUGCAGAAGAAGUUUACGUGAAACCACCUCUUGGACUUGAGCAUCCUCCAAACAAAAUCUAUCGACUGAAGCGAGCUCUAUAUGGUUUGAAACAAGCACCUCAAGCUUGGUUUGCAAAGUUUAGUACCACCAUCAGUGAAUUUGGUUUUACUUAUGGUCCUCAUGAUACUGCACUAUUCAUACGCAAGACUAAUCAUGGUAUGGUUCUACUACUUCUUUAUGUUGAUGAUAUGAUCAUUACUAGGGAUGAUAUUUCAGGUAUUCAUGAUCUUAAGCUAUUUCUCGGCCAUAAGUUUGAAAUGAAAGAUCUUGGUGUUUUGAGCUAUUUCUUGGGACUUGAGGUCACCUAUUCUGAUGAUGGUUAUCUUCUCUCUCAAAAAAAAUAUGCUUUUGAUCUUAUAUCUAAAGCUAGACUCAUUGACAAUAAGACUGCAUCUACUCCUCUUGAGCCCAAUGUUUGACUUACAUCGAUGGAUGGUUCUCGAUUAGCUGAUCCUACUUGCUAUAGAUAGUUGGUUAGAAGUUUGAUUUAUCUCACUACAAGACAACCAAACAUAGGUUAUGCAGUUCAUGUUGUUAGCCAGUUUAUGGCUAUGCCUCGCUCCACUCACUAUAUAGCAAUACUUCGCAUUAUUUGAUAUAUUAAAGGUACCAUGUUCCA